CCCCAGUUACGUAAUCGGAAAGCGCCGAGUCGUAGAAUAUCUGCGACUCCACCUCUCCUGUAGGCGCAUGGCGUAAAAGCCUUAAAUUCUUAAUAUUAUCACUGAUCGGCAAAAAUGAAGGCGGAGAGAAGCACGCUGAAUUUCAAAAGCAACUAUGCAGUUGCCAGCAAAAUUGAGCCUUUCUACAUGGGAGGAAAAGUUCAGGUUAACAAGGAUGAAAAUUAUAUUUUCUGCACCUGUGGAACAAAAAUCAACAUUAUGGACCUGAAGACUGGAAAGAUAUUUCAAAGUAUCGAACAGGAUGACCAAGAAGAUAUUACAUCAUUUGCUUUAAGUCCAGAUGACGAGGUUCUGGUAACUGGGAGUCGAGCUCUUCUCUUAAAGCAGUGGGACUGGAAGGAAAAUAAAUGCAUUCGGACAUGGAAGGCGAUACACACGUCACCAGUAGCAAGCAUGGCUUUUGACCCAACCUCUACACUGCUGGCAACAGGGGGCUGUGACAGCACCAUAAAGGUUUGGGAUGUCAUGAAACAGUACUGCACACACAACCUGAAGGGUUCCUCGGGCGUUGUCCAUCUGGUGCACUUCCAUCCUGAUAUCUCGAGGCUUCAACUCUUUACUUCUUCUAUGGACUGCAAAAUCCGUGUGUGGAACCUGAAGAAAAGUCAUUGUGAGUUUAUUCUGGAAAGCCAUUACAGCGCAGUGACGUCUCUCGCAUUCUCACUGGAUGGCAACACACUGCUCAGCUCUGGCAGGGACAGCGUCUGCAUUAUCUGGGAUCUGAAGACAUGGCAGCCUACGCGGACAAUUCCUGUGUUUGAAAGUGUAGAGACUGCCAUACUUCUGCCAGAGCACGGAGAUUUUUCUAAGAUAGGGACCACCAAUAAUGGUCUUCACUUAGUUACUGCUGGCAGGAAAGGUGUGCUGAGGGUUUGGGAGGCAACGACAGCUCGGUGCGUCUUCACCCAGUCGGGGCCCAGCAAGUCACAGGAGGACGCAGAGGAGCAGGCCCUCACUCAUGGUCUGCUGUUGCCAAAGACCAAUCGCCUGGCUACUGUAACAGCUGAACACAACUUGCUUUUUUAUGACCUUCACACUUUGGCCUUGCAGCAACAAUUUGUGGGGUACAGUGAUGAGGUUCUGGAUGUGAAGUUCCUGGGUCCUUCCAGUUCUCACAUAGUUGUGGCAACCAAUAGCCCACAGCUAAAAGUGUUUGAAUUGGAAACUUCCAACUGCCAGAUUCUUCGUGGGCACACAGAAACUGUAUUGGCAGUAGAUGUGUUUGGAUGGAGCUUCACAUUCGCAAGCUGUGCUAAGGACAAGACCAUCUGCAUUUGGCACAUGAAUCCAAACACUGGCAAAGUUUACUGUGUGGCUAGAGGAUGUGGUCAUGUCAGUGCUGUUGGAAGUAUCUCAUGCUCCAGGAUGAAGGAAAGCUUUGUGGUUAGUGGUAGUCAGGACUGCACAAUCAAAGUUUGGAAACUCCCAGAGUCCCUUUGGAAGAGCUCCACCGUGGAGUCUUUACAUGUGAGCGUCACUGCAAAAGUGCAUGACAAGGAUGUCAACAGUAUUACAGUUUCUCCAAAUGAUAAAUUAAUUGCCACAGGUUCACAGGAUCGGACAGCCAAACUCUGGUCCUCGACAGAUCUUUCCCUUCUUGGAGUGUUCAGGGGCCACAAACGUGGUAUUUGGUGUGUUCAGUUCUCCCCCAUGGACCAAGUGUUGGCAACCUCCUCUGCCGAUGGCAGCGUCAAGCUAUGGGGGUUGCAGGAUUUUAGCUGUUUGAAGACAUUUGAAGGUCAUGAUGCGUCGGUGUUGAAAAUUAUUUUCAUCAGCAAAGGGACACAGCUGGCAUCCAGUGGCUCAGAUGGCCUCUUGAAGCUUUGGACUAUUAAGCUGAAUGAGUGUGUGAAGACAAUAGAUGCUCAUGAGGAUAAAGUAUGGGCUCUUUCUGCUAACAAAAUGGAUGAUCUGAUUGUAACUGGGUCAGCUGACUCCUGCAUCACUUUAUGGAAGGAUGUGACCGAAUCAGAGCUGGCCGAGGAGCUUGCCGUAAAGGAACAACAAAUAAUGAAGCAGCAGAAGCUAUCCAACCUUUUGCAUGACAAAAAGUACUUGAAGGCACUGGGCUUGGCCAUCUCUCUGGAUCAGCCACAUACAGUACUUCUGGUUAUCAAAGGUAUUCUUGCAAAUACUGAUGGGGCUGAACAAUUGGAGAAAACACUCUUGAAGCUACGAGUGGACCAGAAAGAGGCAAUCCUGCGAUUCUGCACUGUUUGGAACACUAAUGCCCGACAUUGCCAUGAGGCACAGGCUGUCCUUGAAGUCCUGCUGCACAGUGAAAGCCCGGAACAGCUGCUCCAGUAUAAUGGCAUCCGAGCAGCGGUUGAGGGGUUAAUCCCGUAUACAGAACGUCACUUCCAGAGACUCAGCCGUUUACUUCAGGCAUCCAUGUUUGUGGACUACAUGUGGCAGAGCAUGAAGCUACCAGAAUGCAGCAGGGACCUGCAGGAAGAGGAGGUCAUGGACUGUUCAGCACCCAGUACCUUCACAGAACGGGCUGAUAAUGACACUGCUGUAACUACUGUGACAAAAGUUGACCAGCAAAAUGUAGAGCUGACUGAAGAGACUAGUGAAAUGGAAGAAGACGACGACAAGGAAGAGGAAGAAAAUGAAAUGGAAGAGGAGAAGAAGAUGGACAGUGAUGAGGAAGUCAGCACCAUUAAGAAGGCCUCCAAGAGACCUGAACGACAUGCUGUGGAGGAGUGCGGUGAGCGCACUGACCCACCUUCAGACAACGAGGUGCAAGAGGUGGUUUGUGAAGAAGAAACGACGCAAAAGCUUAGAAGAGAAACGAGAUCUAUGAAAGGAAAGCAAGCCUGUGCUGGUCAAAGCACUGACCUGCCUGCCACUCCUCAUUCUAAACCAGGUGCUGACUUGCCUGCAACGCCGCUGCCUGCUCAAAACUCUGGCACACCCCAGCUCAGAUCUUUGCGCCUCAGAAGGUGAUAGGGACAGUUUUGUCACAUUGAGACUGUUUUUUUUUUUUAAAUCAUGUCUAUUUUUAAUAAUGUUACCUGGGAUGGGGAGGAGGUGGUGGUGGUGGUGGUGGAGAGAAAUCCGCAUCAAGAGACCGGGUGUGCUGUAGAAGGGGAGCACUCUCCUCCUUGACGUCUUGAAGGUCACAUGUUGUCCAGAUUUCCUACUCUCCCCACCCCUCCAGUUUGAUUUCCCACCUGAACAGAUCCAUUAAACAGCGGACCUCCUGCUGUAUCGAUGACAGCCAUGCCACUCUUCCUAGAUUGGUCUCUUGUCACUUUUUGUGCUCUCUUUAACCAGAAGGGUAGAAGCCAUGCCAGAUCCUGCCUCA